GAUGUUAGGUGAUUUGAAUGACUCGCGGUCAAUGAUUUAUGGAGUACCACAUAUGUUGAUACUUUCAUGCCUCAGGCUUCAAUAGACGGUACAAGGCACCUUUCCCCUCCGGCAGAAAGAGAUAGACCGGGGAGAAAAAUAAGAAAAGAAAAGAUAGGAAGGAAGCCCCAAAAAGGGAAAACAGCAAGGGUCCAAAUCAAGUCGCUUUCGUUUUGUCCUUCAACUCUUUUCUUUCGGGCUUAUAUCUCAGCCUUAUUAAGAUUUUCUUUUGAGCAUUUCACCCUCAACCUUUCGACUGAAAAUAAGGCAUACGUUCUAAAGCACUUCGCUAAGAAACGGAGACUUUAAUUUAAGGUAACAGCUAUGUCACGUCCGGAGGAUGUCUUGCCCCCUGAUCUGUUCUAUGACGACAAUGAAUCCCGCAAAUAUACCACGUCCUCGCGAAUUCGUAACAUACAAUCUGAUAUGACCAAUCGGGCACUUGAACUUCUUGACCUUCGAUCUCCGUCAUUGAUCCUGGAUAUCGGCUGUGGCUCUGGACUUUCCGGCGAAAUUCUUUCUGCAGUGCCCCCUGAACAUGGGGGACCUCAUACCUGGAUGGGCAUGGAUAUCUCACCUAGCAUGCUUGAUAUCGCCCUUCAACGGGAUGUAGAAGGUGAUUUGUUUCUUGCUGAUAUCGGACAAGGAGUGCCAUUUCGCCCAGGCACGUUUGAUGCAGCUAUCAGUAUCAGUGCCAUCCAGUGGCUCUGCAACGCCGAAACGAGUGAUGUUAGUCCUGAAGGACGCCUGCGGCGUUUUUUCGAAGGGCUUUAUGCUAGCCUACGGCGUGGGGGCCGUGCUGUUUGUCAGUUCUAUCCUAAAAAUGAUGCACAGCGAAAUAUGAUCAGCGGUGCUGCCAUCAAGGCUGGUUUCGGAGCCGGCAUCCUAGAGGAUGAUCCCGGGACAAAGAACAGCAAGCUGUACCUUGUUUUGACUGUCGGUGGCGGUGGUCUGCAAGGUGAUAUUACAGGCGUCGUGAAUGGAAUGGAUGAUGUUAAUAUCUUGGAUGCCAGAAGAAAGGCAAUGGAGAAUGGGAAAAUGCAACUGCCGCGAAAAGGCGAUAAGGCUUGGAUUAUGCGAAAAAAGGAACAAAUGGAGAGAAAGGGCAAGGUUGUGAAACAGAAUUCUAGGUACACUGGGAGGAAGCGGCGUCCAGCUUUCUAAUAAUACGACCAUGGUUGGCUUCCUGUGCUUGAUCAAGUCGAUAUCUCUUUGGUGCUUGGGUUCAUUGCGCAGGAAACAGAAAACAAUAAGGCAGUAGAGAGCCGUGGCCACAAACGACAUGGAUAUAAUUAUUGCGUUGUGACCAUUUCCAUCCAGGCGCAGGUCCAUUUACAGCAGGUAUUAUCCAAACGACAGCUACCCUUAGGUCCUUAAGAGCUUCAUGAUCUAUGGGUAUAUACCUUGCAGUGGUAUUCCCCGGGUUGGUUCUGAGCCAAAACCCGCUACACUCAAGAGGUGCCCUAAAAUGAGCGACGCGAGGGCGGCUUCCCCAUUCAAGCUUGUG